ACCUGCACGCAGGAUCAGCCGCCUGCCCUCCCAGCCCAGCCUGCCCAGGGAUUCAUGAAGCGAUUCCUGCUCAUCCUGGCUGGAUUUGCAGUGGUCGAUAUGGCAAACUCACUCCUGGGAUAAUGAAGGAUAAACUUGCUGUUUCCAAACUCCAGCUUGUCAUUAUCUGCUCCUGUCUGUGCUCCUACAUCGCAGGGAAGGCGCCUUCAGAAACUCCUAGAACAGAAGGUAUUGUGAGUACAGGGAGAUCACCAUGUCUGAAACGUGCAGUGUUUUCUUCCACGAACUUUGAGAACAUCCUGACCUGGGAAACAGAAGCAGAUAUCCCCCCUGGCACUGUAUUUGAGGUCCAGUACAAACAGUAUGGAGAAAAAUCCUGGCUCCCCAAGGCCGAGUGCCAGAGUAUCACCCAGCACUUCUGCAACCUCACUGGUGAGACAGAGAACUUCACAGAGCAUUACUACGCCCGGGUGAGGGCGACGGGCUGGAGCGGCUGCUCCUCCGGCUGGGUGCGCUCCGAGAGGUUCGAGCCCAGGAAAGAGACUGUUAUAGGAGCACCACAAGUGGAGUACAUUCCCCAUGUACGGUCCAUAAAGUUUCUCAUCCGGCCCCCCUACACUCCCCUGAGGGGGGAGGACAACCAUCAGCUCACCGUGGAGGACAUUUACAGCAAAUUUGGGGCUGUUGGUUAUCACCUGACAAUAUUCAACCAAAGGACGCACCAGCAGCGGACAAAGAAUGAGCACAACAAAGAAUUUGAAGUUUCCGACUUGGACCCAGACACUGAAUAUAAUGGAACAGUUUAUAUGUAUCUCCUCCAGAAAAGCAGCAAAUCUCAAGUGUUUUGGGUUAAAACACUAGAAGACAAGACGUGGGUUCUCUACAGUCUGGUGGCCCUGGGAUUCUGUGCUGGGCUGGUGUUUGCUGCCGCUGGUUACGUGAUCUACAAAUACGUCAAACAACACAGUGCCCAGCCCAUGGCUCUGGACUUCAGAGGGAUUUCAUCGUUCCAGCCUCUCACACUGACAGUGGAGCACAUCAUAAAGCCCAUUAGUUUAUCCAAACCUUCCCUUUUCACCUCUGAAGUGCCGCUGCCUCAGAUCAGCCAACAACUGGACCGAGCGCUGGAGCCAGCACAGCCUUCCUGCCCCCCCGAAAGUGGCUAUCAGCAACAGGCAGAGGUGCCAACAUUCCAGCUGCCCCCUCAGCCGUCCUGCAAGGAAAUUGCAGCUCCAACUGGUUACGCUCCUCAAAAAGCCCAGCAAAGCAUUCCCGCUGCCACAUCCAGCAAAACCCUGCCCCUGACCUACGGGCUGUGUGUGGAAGGCGCAGACCACGGCUACGAGAAUUUGCAGCCGGACCAAACGCUUAAGGAAAUCUCUCCAGGUCGUUUUGCUGAUGGAAAGCUCACGGCCCAGGUGCUGGGAGAGAGCUGCAGCCGCUGGAAUUACAAAGAACAGCAGCCAAAGGUGGCGUUGUGGGGGAGCAGGGGCAGAGCAGAGCCAGUGCCCUUCCAGGGGAGCCCUGGGCAAAGGCAGCUGCUGCUGCAGAGUGACAGGGGGGAAAAUCCAGAGCGUGUGCCCCAGUUGUCCCUGUCUUUGCUGAAACAAGGAGGAUGCUACAGACAACAGGCAGCAGGACUGCCACUGCUCCUGCCUGCAGGGAACGCCGGCACAGACUGUGCUCCAGGGGAGGAACUGUCAGCACCCCUCCUCUCCUCAGUCCGGACUGGUAACCACUCCCCUGGAGAGGACAACACUGAGCAGUGGAUGUUGCCAGACCCAUUCCCACGUCCUGCAAAGCAAAUGCAGCUCCCAGAGACUCCAGGCAUGGAAAUGUUCCCAGCAGCAAAGGGGCUGAGCUGCACAGACACCCUCCCAGGCCGGGGCAGUGGCACUGCUCUCACUGUGUUCUUCAAGGAUUUGGAGUUAAAACUACAGGGGGAUGAGGAUGGGAACACAUAACUUUGUUAGGAUGACAACGAUGUUAAAAUCCAGAUUAUGUUUUCUUGCAUGAAA